CUUCCGCUUUAGCCUACCUUGUUGCACGGUGAGAUUCUGGUGUUUGCUGCAAGUUGGGGACGCCGCGGGCGUUGAGAGUGGCCCCAGGCUGUGGACUAGGAGGCCAGAAGGAGAUCUCUUCCACGGUGCAGGGCUGCGAUGGAUCCGCUCAGGGCCCAGCAGCUGGCUGCGGAGCUGGAGGUAGAGAUGAUGGCUGAUAUGUACAACAGAAUGACCAGUGCCUGCCACCGGAAGUGCGUGCCUCCCCACUACAAGGAAGCAGAGCUGUCCAAGGGCGAGUCUGUGUGCCUGGACCGCUGUGUCUCCAAGUACCUGGACAUCCACGAGCGGAUGGGCAAAAAGUUGACAGAGUUGUCUAUGCAGGAUGAAGAGCUGAUGAAGCGGGUGCAGCAGAGCUCUGGCCCCGUGUGAGGCCCCAGGCAGUAUACACCCGGAAGUGCUCCCUGCCCCUUCCCACUUGUCUAAUAAAAGUGCCCUGUUGGGUGUCAUCUGUGAAGACU